AUGUUUGAUUGUCCAGAAGGCACUACUACAUUGGCAAAAGAAGAAAGCAUUUUCUCUGUUUUGAAUUGGGGGGUCUUGGCUUCGCUGCUUUCUCCAACAACCACCAUUGUCGAGGCCGCCCAUCACCACAUUAUGGAUCGACUUUUGAAGGUUGCAAGCUGGGAACGGCAGGGAAAGAUCUCCUUCCAUCUCGUCUGCAAUAGAGUUGAAAACAUGAGUCAGUUCAUUGCUUCGAAAAAGCCCAGGACAAUGAGUUGGUCCAAUGUACCUGACUACAUGGAAUAUGAAGACUUUCAUUCAUUGGCAAGAGCAUGCUCAGUUCAUGACAACACUCGACACUUCGGAUAUUCCAUGAACUGGGUGAUGGACGUGUUUGGAGUUAACAUUCUUGACUACAGCGGACCAAAAGGUGCCAUUGCAAGAGGUCGAAUAAUUGAUGGUUCGAACCAAAAGUUCGAGAAGCUCUUCAAAUCUCGCGGAUGGGAGAAGUAUCUUCGCUUGCCAAUACCAAACAAUCCCAUCAACAUAUCGUCUUCUGUCCUCAGACUCGGUCAGUGCAAAAUGUGGGCUCGCCAUUUCUUCAAAACUGGGCAACACCAAGGGUAUUGUCAAGUGCUGGAAACCAAAUACGACUUUGGAACCCCUUUGUCGCCAGCUGGGGCGUACACGCUUCAUUUCGACUGGACCUAUGACCCACCGGUGAAAAAAGAGGAUCCAUUGGACACUUGUUUCUUCAUUUUGCUUCCUUGGGGAACACAAUAUUUGAUGAUGCAAAAGUCCAAUGAAACAAGGUAA